AUGGCCCCAUCUGCAACAGAGACAGCUGCCGCCAAGGUCGAGGACCCCCAGGCAAAGAGUCUGCCCUCGAAAGAACAAGCCAAGGAAACAGUAUACGCAGACGACUUUCCGCCCCUGGAUGAGGAGCUCCCCGAAGUGCGGACAGGCCACAAGGAACCUCUCAAAACGACUGGUGCUCUGGACCAGUUUGAGCACUUUGACGUGACGCCCGUCAUCGGCCGCGAGUACCCGACAGUCGAUCUGAAGGAGUGGCUGCGUGCGCCCAAUUCUGACGAACUCAUUCGCGACCUGGCAAUCACCAUUUCGCAGCGCGGUGUCGUUUUCUUCCGCAAGCAGGAUAACAUCGACAACGACCUCCAAAAGGAGCUUGUGCAGCGCCUCGGCGAGCUGUCCGGGAAGCCCUCGACUUCGAAGCUCCAUAUCCACCCCGUCAACAACUCCGGCCGCGGGGACACAAAGGACGACGAGAUCAGCGUCAUUUCGUCGGCGCAGGCCAAGAGGCUGGGCAUACACCGCUUCCUCAACUACACCAAGAAGCAGACCCAGAGGUCACAGUGGCAUUCCGACAUCACCUUUGAGCCCGUGCCGAGCGACUAUGCCCUGCUGCGUCUGACGCAGCUGCCAAAGACGGGAGGAGACACACUAUGGGCCUCGGGAUACGAGGUGUACGACCGGAUAUCGAAGCCGCUUCAAAAGUUCUUUGACGGCAUGACGGCUACCUACGCCCAGCCAGGCUUCAACGCGGCCGCGGAGAAGAACGGCUUCAAGCUCUACGCUGAAGCGCGCGGCGCGCCCGAGAACGUCGGCGAGCUCCUGGAAGCCAUCCACCCGGUGAUCCGCACCAACCCGGUGACGGGCUGGAAGAGCGUCUUCGCCGUCGGCCUCCACGUGCAAAAGAUCAACGGCCUGUCGGACGAGGAGUCGAAGCACUUCCUCGAUUGGUUCGUGCAGCUGAUUAUCGAGAACCACGACCUGCAGGUGCGGCACCGCUGGCAGAACCCCAACGACGUGGCCAUUUGGGACAACCGGUCGGCCUACCACGCUGCGACGCCGGAUUACAUAGUGGAAGGGCUCGGGGAGAGACAGGGGUCUCGUGCCGUCAGUCUCGGGGAGAGGCCGUAUUUUGACCCUCAGAGUCAAAGCAGACGGGAGGCCUUGCGUGCCGCAGCCAUUGCCGCUUUGAAGGCAGACUACAGCUCAUGA